AAUAUGAAAAGAUGAUGACGGCGCCGCGGCGGCGUCUUGAACGUGUAUAGCUUCAUAUCGACGAUGAUGAUGGUUCGUUCGUCGUCGCGUCGGUCUUACGCACCUCAAGUGCCAAAAGUCCAAGUGGGGAGAUAUCUACUCUCAAUGAUACACAAUAUACCGAUGGAGAAAAUUUUUUGGAGUAGGGAUCAGAGCAACUUGCUGCUAUUGUGUACCUAUAGACGAUGCGCUACGGCUUCGGCAAUGAUGCAUUAUGUGAAAUUCGUCAUAUGAUCGGAACGACAAAACGGAGAAUAUAAUACCACCCGGUGGCAUCAACAAGCAGCAUUUUUAUUUUGAAAGUGACAAGCGACGCACGGUUCGAAAAAUAGCUUGUUACACAGAAUUUUCAAUUCGUAUCCGCUAAUUUUUUUUGUUUUUAGUUUAUUUGUCUUUCGAUUUCGGUACAAACAUAAUACACAAAAUUGAAAUCGGUCUGAACAGAAAGCUCCAGUUUUGCGGAUUAACAUAAUAAAUAUCCUUUGAAAAUAGCGCGUUAAAUAUUUUAACAGACAAUCAGUGCCAAAUAACGGAUAACUCACAGCAGCAGAAACAAAUCAUGACAAUUCUACGGAUAGCAUGCAUUUUGGCAAUUGCAACAGCUGUACCAAUUCAAGGUAUAUUGAGCAAUGGUGGAAUUGCAGAUAGUUACGGACCACCUCCGCGUGGUGUACCAGCACCUUCAUACGGACCGCCACCACAAAUUCGUGUUCCACAUCGAGAAUAUGGUGUUCCACAACAGAUUCCAUUCCGAGAAUAUGGUCCUCCGCAACUAAAGUAUGGACCUCCAAAGUUAAAUUUCGGGCAGAACUUUAACGGCGGUGGGUUUAAUGACCAAAUAAAAUCAUACUUCGGUAUUCCCAAGCCAUUCUAUGGCCCACCCCAUUUACAACAAUCGCCAGCCUCAACUUAUGGCCCACCACCUCAAGGCAAGCCAUUUACCACCUACGGCCCACCUCCAAAGCCCCAAGGUAACUUUGGACCACCAAGACCAGCUCCUAGCUAUGGCCCACCAUUGCCACAACCCUUGCCAUUGGUAGCGCCUGGACCGGUUUUCAAACCUAAUGGCAAUGGUUUCCCAUCUCGCCCUCACACAUCAUAUGGACCACCUCCAUCGGGUCAAUUUAUUGGUAGACCCAAUCUCAGUUACGGUCCACCAAGGCCAAGUUAUGGACCACCCCCACUACCCAACUUAAACCGUCCACCAACAGAGACAACAAUUAUUGUAACCAGCGGAAAUGGCGGCAACGGAGGCUUCCAAGGUGGUCACCAUCACUCCCAUGGGGGUAAUGGUGGUGGUGGUGGUGGUGGACCCCUAAAGCAGGUUCAAAUACAGGUGGAAAAUCAAGGCAACGGUCAUCAUGGUGGCAACUCAGGUGGUGGGCAUUUCCACACUGCUUCCUGUGAUGGUUGGAAACCAAUUCCGGCACCAUUUGGUCACUAUGUCGAACAUAACAAUAUCCAAACUCAAUCAGGUUACAGCACAGUAUCGAGUGGUGCAGCUCAGCAUCAGACGACAAUCACCACCUACAACAACGGAGGGCGAGGAAACUUUGGCGGACUAACAGAUGAACAAAUUGUUGCUGUUGCCCUGCAGUCGGGUGGUUUUGAAACGGCACCUACACAAUCACUACCAGCUUCGGGACCUAUUGAUUUCCAUUCAGGUGGUAGUGGAUCUGGCGGAGAUGGGGACCACCAUUUGAAUUCGAUAGAAUCUGAUAAUCUACAACCUCCACUUGGAUCGAUUGAAGAUACUUAUUCAAAACCCCCACAAGAUUCAUUUGCACCCAAUUCAAUUCAUGCCCAGAAAUACAAUGAAAUCAGCAGCGGAGAAUAUGGUGCACCCCCAAUAGGAAAUGGCGGCAGUGGUGGUAAUUUCCAAAGCAACAACCACCACCAUCAUUCUGAAAACAGUGGAAGCUUUUCAUCACAGGGCUCAAAUCUUGGCAUUUUGUAUGGCACACAGAGCGGAAACCAACGUCCCUGGUUGAAUAACGCUUUAACACCACCUAGUAAUCCCGUGACCUAUCGUCCGCCAGUGCCACAGGGACUCCUCGAAUCGAUUGGAGCAACAGUACAGCAUUUGGAUCAAUUUGGGGUUAAGCCACCGAAUCAACCAGCAACAUAUAUUCCACCACCACCAAAGGAAAUUGCUGAACCAGCCAGCCAAUAUGGACCACCCCAACAACCAGCUAGCCAAUAUGGACCACCCCAACAGCAACUAUUGCCUCCUCAGGAAUCUGUAAAUAUUGAAUUCCAUCAUCAGGCAGGAGGAGGAGGAGGUGGUAGCCAAAAUCAAUACCAUCAGCACCAGCAUCAUCAUGAGAAUUAUAGAGAAGAGGAACGUGGUAAUGCAUUUAACCAGUAUUUGCCACCACCUCCACCAGUUCCAGCACCACAGCAGCAGCAAGGAUAUUUACCACCACCACUACCCAUUAGCCAUCAACAUCAUCAUCAAGGAAGUUCCUUUGGCGGAGCAUCAUCUUUCAGUGGUAGCCAGCAGCAACAGCAGUUUAUUCACACCCAAGGAUUGCCAUUUACCCAAGAAGCUAGAUUUAAUCAACCUCAAGAUUGUGGCCAUGGACCGAAUUUAGUUGGUGCCAAUUAUCAAUUCCAACAGCAACAAUUCCUGGAUCAAGGUGUUGGCAGGCCAGCAAGCUCAUAUGGACCACCCCCAUCAGCACCUGGCAGUGGUCCAGAUGCCAUUGGAUACGAGUCGAAACGUUCCAGUGUAGCAACUCUACCAGAUAAUAAUGUCAAUUCGGAGAAUCUUCCUGGUUUGGAAGGAUUAAAUGUCAUUUCAGCACAAAAAUCACAAUCAGUUUCGCUUCCAGUGGAAGACUUGCAAGCAUCUCCUUUCCAAAUUCAAAUUCAAUCAUCUAAUCCUUCACAGUCUUUAGUUAACAGUGAUGGAAAUACCAAUCACGAGGAAGUUCUUUCUCAAGGACUUUUACAAUCGAUUCUUACAGCUAUAGAACAGCCUCAGCAAAAUAAUAAUAAUCAAGGUCAAGGGUCACUUCAAAGCCUUCAAAAUCGUUCGGAUGUUGAUGUGCAUUUGGAUGAAGAUGCCACCGAAGAGAAAGAAUCAAGCUUAAGUGCUACCAAAGCUAUUGUGCCAGAGUCAAGUGAGACUUCGGAUGAUGCCGCAGAAGAAUCCAAAUAAACCUCACAUUUCUACUUCCUAAUUGCAUUAUUCAGUCUAGUUAAUUAUUAUUAUUGUUUGCUGUCCCAAACAUCAUUGCCCAGUUUAAUUUAUUUGCUUAAUUUUAAAUUACGAAAUUAUAUCGUAAUGAAUUUAGUUUUUAAGUUAAAGUCUGUUUUUUUUUUUUUUCAUAAUUAGUAAUUUAUUUAAAUAAAAUUAAAAAAAAAAGAAAAAUAAUAAAAAAUCACUGACGAAGUAGGAUUUUGAAAGUCGUCAGUGUUGCCAUACCGACUUACAGUCAGAACUGGCUGUCAAACAGCUAAAUAAAUAAAUAAAAAUAAAAUGUAUAAAAAUAAACUACAAUAUUUUUAAGGUCAUCUGAAAUGUAUUGUAGUUUUGAUAAAUUUAUUUCGGUUUCUUAUUUAAAGGAAAC